GUGCGCACUCUGUGUGCGUGUCCAAUACAAUCGCUUUUCGCGUACACACAGCCAGCCCCAGCCGAGCCAGCCCUGCUGCUGCUACACAACGACUAUCACUAGCUCGCUUCGUGUUGUCGCGUUUUUGUAUUGAAUUACAAAUAGCAUUGCUCUCGUUAAACAGUCCCGCGAGGGAUGGCUGAGCCGUCUACGCUGUAAUAAGUGCACUGAGUGAAAUCUGUUGUUUUUUUUUCCUAUCGUCGCUGUCGUGCUGCAAACGUCGAGGCUUCAUCUGAAGAAAGAAUUCCGCACGCACCGUUGAUAUAUAUAUACAUUACAAGCACGCGCACACCAGUUUAUAUUGGGGACUAUCCCGUCUCUCCAUUGAUUUUGCCGAGCUUCAUUUCAUGUCCUAUAAUCGAAGGAGCAUCUUUUAAUACCCAAGGAAAUGCUGUAGACUACCAAAUUGGUAGCUACAAUAAUUUGGCAAAAUUAAAAUGCAAAGUUGGAAUCAAUGGUCUGUACCGUCUGGUACAGUUUCUACAUCUAUGCCCCCUCCACCUACAGGAUAUACCGCACCCGGUACUGAUCCUAUGGCAACUAUGCAAGCUUACAUGCAAUAUUACAACCAACCAGCACCAAGUGGUUAUACACCAGAACAAUGGGCUGCAGCUCAACAGCAAAAUUGGGCUCAAUGGCAGCAGUGGCAACAACAGUAUCAGCAAUGGCAAGCACAGUAUGGAGAAAAAUACCAAGAAACAAUGAAACAAUAUGGGCAACAACCGCCACCUCUACCUGCGAGUACUUCUCAACCUCCUCCUCCUCCUCCCAAAGAAGAAAAACCUCCACUGCCACCAACUUCAUCAUAUGGAUACAAUACAAGUGUUCCCCCACCUCCACCUACUGGUUCAAAAAGAUCAGCAAGCUCAGAAGUAGAAAGUGAAGCUGCCAAAAAAUUAAAAGAGACUGACCAAGAACUUAGCGAAGCAGAAAAAACAUUUGAUGCUCAGUUUAAGCAAUGGGAAGAAAAGUUCAAUACUUGGAAGCUUCAAAAUGCUAAUCACCCAGAUAAGACUCAAUACAAGCAAUAUGAAGCCAAAUGGACAUCAUGGCGAGAAAAAUUGAUUGAACGUCGUGAACAAAUGCGUCGUAAACGUGAAAGAAUUGCUGCAGCUGCAAAAGCAGAAGCUGAAAAAAAAGAUAUCACUGGUGGUGAUAAGAUAAUGAAUCUUCUUUCUAAUACAGAAAAUCAAGGAUUGAUUAAUAAUCUCUUAGGAAUAGGCAAAACUUUAGGACUCACUUCAAAAGCUGAAACAUCAGGUUCAUCUGUAACAUCAAUGACUGGGAUUGCUUCAUCAAUGCCAGUACAAACACCAACUAUGGCUCAACAAUCUGUUUCAAUGACACCUAUGAUGCAACCAGAUAUGUCUCAAGCUUGGGCACAAUGGAAUCAGUAUAAUCCAGUUAUGAGUACUGGUAUGCCCAUGACUCCAUACACGAUGACACCAACUCCAAUGCAAAUGCCAACUACGGCAAUUCCUCCUCCAACAGCAGCACCCAACUUUUCUCAACCGCCUCCAGGAUUUCAAACUCCCAAUUUUUCUCAACCCCCUCCUGUAUUUACACAACCACCACCAAUUGUCAACACAAAUGUACCUCCACCUAAUUUACAAACGAAUGAUUCUGGAUCUAGUAGCAAAGACCAGAAGAAUUUAAAUCAGAAUAAUCAGUUUCAAAGACCUCCUCCGUCUAAUAAAAAUGAUAAUUUGCCAGGAAAUAGAAAUAUGAGAAAUUUGAAUCAACAAAAUAAUAGAUCCGACGGAACAGAUGAAAAUACAAAUUUUAAUAAACAAGAUAAUUUCAACACUGCUCGAAAUAAUCAAAACUACAAUAGCAACAGUGAUAACAGUAAUAACAAUUUUAAUGAUAAUCGUAAUAUUCCACCGGAAGUCAGAAGUCUUAUGGAAAGAAGAAAAGCGGCAGGUGAUGUUUUCAAACCUAGCAGCACCAAUUUUAGUGAACCAAAUGUCGGUUCAUUAAGAGAUAAUUUUUCAAGAUUUGCCAAAAAUGACAAUUUCAGUAAUAGAUUUGGGAGCAACAACUCUCAAAAUUCACAAGAUGAUGAUCAAAACGAUAUGUUCGAUGACAAUAAUGAUCAACAAAGCUUUGAUAACAAUUUCGGUAAUCGAGGUGCUAACAACUUCAAUAAUAGAGGACCUAACAAUUUUGGAAACCAAGGUCCUAAUAAUUUUGGUAGUCGUGGUCCAAAUAAUUUUGGAAAUCGAGGAUCUGACAAUUUUAAUAAUCAAGGCCCGAAUAAUUUUGGCAAUCGUGGUCCGAGUAACUUAGGAAACAGAGGUUCAGAUAAUUUUAAUAAUCAAGGUCCAAAUAAUUUCGGUAACCGUGGUCAAAAUAACUUUGGCAAUAGAAAUUCUGAUAACUUUUCAAAUCAAGGUCAAGGAAAUUUUGAUUGUCAAGGUCCAAACAACUUCCGCAAUCAAGGUCCGAAUAACUUUGGAAAUAAUGGACCCAAUAAUUUCGGUAACCGUGGCCCUAACAAUUUUGGUAAUCAAGGUUCAGGUAAUUUUGGAAAUAGGGGAUCCGAUAAUUUCGGCAACAGAGGUUCCGAUAACUUUGGUAAUAGGCGUCAAGGGGGUUUCAAUAAUCAAGGGCUGAAUAAUUUUAACAACCAAGGAGGGGACAACUUUAAUAAUCAAGGUCCAAACAAUUUUGGCAACAACUUUGGAAACCGCGGACCAAAUGAUUUUGGAAGCAGAGGUCCCGGAAACUUUGGCAACAGAGGAUCAGAUAAUUUUGGCAAUAGAGGAUCUAAUACUAAUCGUGGAUUUGACGAUGCUGUCAGAGGUUUUAAUGAAUUUGAAAAUCAAGAGUCGAACCAGUUUGAUGGGGAAAGAAAUUAUGAACAAGAAAAUUUUUCUGAAAAUAAAAACUUGGCAGAUGAAAAAUCACAGGAAGAUGAAAAAGAACAAGUUGAAAAGAAAGAUAGCGCCUUAGAAAAUCAGUCAAUGAAAGAAGGUACCAGUGCUAGCAGUCUUGGAAACUUUAAAUUACCUGGGCAUGAUCAGUUUUCUGAUUGGAUUGAUUCUAAAAAUAAUCAAUCAGAAAAGUUGUCUGCUCAAGAAAGUAAAAACGAAGAAGAAACAAAAAAUAAAAAAGAUAGUCAACAAAAAGUUGGUGAAACUUUUGAAUCAACCGAAGUAACUAAUAAAAAUGAAACAAUUAAUCAAGCAGGAUUACCUGUGGAUCCAAAAGAGGAUAAUUUUACUAAUGAUGUGUUUUGUGAUAAUACAUCUUUGAAUCAGCAAGGAAGUUUCAAUCAAUAUCAAGGCAGAUCCCAUCAAACGCAGCCUGGUCCAUCAAAGAACAUACCUUCACUUCUGAGUUUAAAAAUUACACCUCCACCAUUGAUCAAAAAACCAGACGCCAGUAUGCCUGACAAUGUUCGUUUUGGCGAAGAUAAUAAUUUCAAAAACCAGGAAAAUUUUGGUUUUCCUAAACAGCCAUUUGAUUCAUUCCGAUCAUUCGAUUCAAUGUCUAGUAAUGCAAUGGAUAUUGGCCUCAGUCAACAAGAUAAGAAAAAUCGUAAAGAAGGUGAAUGUGAUGUGAACAAGCCUGCAUUUGAACCAUUUAAUAUUCGCAAGACUCCUUUUGAGAACUUUGGUGAUUCUUUUAAUCAACAAGGAAGUCCAUUCAAUAGACCAGAUGAUGCUUUUGAUAGACCUGGAGGUCCUUUUGGAUUAUUCGACAAGCCAAGUGAUCCAUUUGAUCAAAGACCAUUUGAUAAACCAAUGAGUUUAUUGGGAGCUCCUCCAAUAAACUUGAUGGAUAAACCAUUUGAUAAGCCUAUUGGCUUAAUGGACAAACCAUUUGAAAAACCAAUUGGUUUGAUGGAUAAGCCAUUUGAAAAACCAAUGAAUUUAAUGGAUAAACCUUUUGUAGAUAAACCACUUGGUCCUCAUGAAAGAACAAUAGACUUAUUUGACAAACCAGCUAGUUUAAAUUCUCCAUGUCUUUUCGAUCGACCGAUAAAUCAACCUGAAAGAUUCCAAAAUAGGCCAGUAGGCCUGUUUGACAGACCACAUGGACUUUUCGAUAAAUCAGGAGAUACUUUUGACAAAACCAUAGGCUCUUCUGAAAGAUCACAACCUCUACCACUCAUAGAUGAUGGUUUCUGUGUUGGUAAACAAUUUAAUUAUAACCAUGGGGGUAUAGCUCAAGAUACGCCAAAAGAAUUUUCAGGCCCUGCAAAAGUUAUCAAUUAUGCACAUAAGAAAAGGCAUUCUGAAGUUUAUGAAUUUAAAGAACCUGUUCAUGUUUAUGACUAUUGUCAUGGAAAGACCAAACCUUUCAUUCACCAUCCUAUUCAAGAUUUUAAAAAUUGGGAAGAAAAUGACCACAAUUUGAGAAUAUUUAAUGACCAAAUGGUUGAGAGAACACAAAAAUUAGGAAAAACUUGGAUGGCUUGUUUACCUGGCCCAAGAAAAUAUGCAGCUAAGGAAAAACGUGAAAGAGACCGCGAUGAUCGCCGAAGAGAUAGGGAAGAUCGUCGUGAUAGGGAUAGAGAUGAACGUCCAAAUGAUCGACUCCGGGAACGCGAGAAAGAUCGAAAUCGUGAAAAAGAUAGAUAUCGAGACAAUGAUCGCUAUGAACGGGGCAGAGACAGGGAUCGCGAGGAUCGUUACAGAAAUUCUGAACGGGAUAAAGACAAAAGUCGCGAAGGUGAGCGACACAAGGACCGUGAUGACAGAUUCAAGGAUCGAGAUGAACGCUUCAGCAGGGAUGAUCAUCGUCACAAAGAUCGAAGUCAUGAUAAAGACCGAGACGAUAGACACAAAGAUAGACAUGAAAAAGAUCGAGAUGAUCGAACCAAAGAAAAAUCAGAUAAAGAUCGCAGCUCCCGCGACAAGAGUUCUGAUAAAGAUCUCCGAAAUAAGCUUGAUAAGAGUGAAAGUAAAGAAAGCAAAGAAAACAAAGAAGGAGAAGAAGUAAUGAUAGAAAAUAUAAAUAGUCCAGAGAUAAUUACAGAACAAGAAGACAGUGGCACUAAAAUCAAUGAUCAUGAAAAGGGUGACGACAGUCUUGCAGAGAUUAAAGAAAAGGAAAACGAUCAAGAUGUGUCACCAAAAAUCAUGGAAUUACCAAAAACAAAUAUUACAAUGGUUAAUGAUAUUCUGGCACCUCCAAGUAGGAUGACCAGACCUCCAAAAAUAGCCAUAAUUCUCAGAGGCCCACCGGGUAGUGGUAAAUCUUACGUGGCUAAAUUAAUUAAGGAUAAAGAAGUUGCCGAAGGAGGCUCUGCUCCAAGAAUACUGAGUAUUGACGACUAUUUCCUUGUUGAAAAAGAUGAUUCAUCUGGUGAUGAAAAGAAAGAUGGCAUUGAUGAAAUGGAAUAUAAGUAUGAAGAAGCUAUGGAACCAGAAUAUGUGAAUCAUCUUAACAAAGCAUUUAAAAAAAAUGUCACAGAUGGCUAUUUCAAUUUUAUUAUCUUGGAUAGUAUCAAUGAAAAAAUAUCUGAUUAUGAAGAAUUGUGGAGUUUCGCUAAAACAAAAGGAUUCAAAGUUUACGUUUGCGAAAUGGAAAUGGAUAUACAAAUUUGCCUGAAACGAAAUAUUCACAAUCGAUCAGAAGAUGAAGUCAAUAGAAUUGUUGAUUACUUUGAACCAACGCCUAGUCAUCAUCACAAAUUAGACAUUACUUCGUUACUACAAGAACAUACUAUUGAAGACGUUGAAAUGGAGGAUGUUCAAGAAAAUUCACCUAAAGGAGAUAACGAUCAGGACCAAGAGCCUUCGUCUUCUAAGGAUGAUGAGAAAGAGGACGAUGCCACGGAGGAAGAGGGAGUCAGCAAAUGGGAGAAAAUGGAAACUGAAGAUAAACUUGACAGAUUAGAUGGUUUGACUAAAAAACAUGAUGCCAAACCUACAAUGGAAGAAUUUUUACAAGUUCCUGAUUAUUAUGAUACAGAAGAUACCUCAGGUAAAAAGCGCGUAAAAUGGGCGGAUCUUGAAGAACGAAAGCAGCAAGACAAAAUGCGAGCCGUUGGUUUCGUUAUUGGCCAAACUAAUUGGGAUCGUAUGAUGGACCCUACUGGCGGUAGCAGCGCAUUAACACAAACGAAGUACAUAUGAUCCAGGUUAAAUUAAAAUUUUAUCAAGUGAUUUAUAAAUUAUAUAUUAAUUAAGAUAUAACGAAAACUUAAUUAAGCUUUUUACAACAAGUGAGAAGAGUGUGUUGUUGCCAUAUUGAUUCUCCCACUUUGUAAUUUGAAAAAUAUGUACUAAAGAUCCUAUGAUAAAACAAAGGAAUUUUUUACAAAAAAGAUACCCUUAAUAAUGAAAUAAUGAGGGUAGUGUACAUUUUUAAGACACUAAUGGUUUCUUUAAAACCAUUUUUGUUUGUACUAUACUGGGUGCAUCUUCUGACUAAGAUACAAGUUUGAUUUUAUGUAUACAUUUUUUUACUUGAUACAGUACUAAAAUAUUAUGUUUAGUUAUUGUAUUUUAAACAUUUAAGUAGUUUGCGUAUAUAAAGCAAUAUUUAUAUUAGUAUAAUUCCCAUUCAAAGUUAUUUGUACCUUGAGAUUUUUUUACAAGGUAUUUAAUUUGAGUGUAAAUACCAACUUCAUUAUUUAUAAUGAAAAAAUUAAAUAAAUUUCUGUAGUCGUUGCUUGAUUGUAUGUCCUUGAAAUAUUUUUUCUUCGAAUUUACAUUAUCUUGUCCCGAAAUAUUAUCAUUUUUUACUGAUAUUGUUAAAAAU